CUCUCAGGCAAACGUGCUGCUGGCUGCUGGCACCCGUGGGCGGGGCUAAGAGGAAAACAAUGCACGGGUGGCCAAAUUAGCCAAUCAGAGAAGAGGAGUCACCCCUUGAGCCAAUCGGAAGCGGCUAAGGGGGCGGGAGUCGGCGGCAGCAGGAGUGGUUGAGUUCCACGUGGUGCGAGACGGGCUGUCCACGUGCGGGCGGGCGCCGAGGAGGAAGAUGAAGCCGAGAGCGGCCGCGGGCGGCGGUGACCGGGCAUUUGACAGUGUGGAGGGAGACAUGGAGGCUGAGGAGGAGAAUCAGGAACUCCUCAAGAAAGGCAAACCCCAGGGACGGAAAAGGGCUUCAGUCCCGGAUGACGCUGUGAAACUGGUGAAACUCAGCCGGGCUGAUCUGUACAAGCCACCUACCAACGAGGAGCUGAACCAACUGAAGGAGACUGAGAACCUCUUCCAUUCCAGCCUUCUCCGUCUGCAGAUUGAGGAGCUGCUGAAGGAGGUGAAGCUAAAGGAGAAGAAGAAGCAGAAGAUCGAUGCCUUCCUCCAUGAAAUCAACACUCUGUUGAGGGCUGUCCCAGAGACCCCGGAAACCGAUCUCACCAACCAGUCCUGGCUCCCAGAGGACGUGAAGGUUCCGUUUCUCCAGGUGCCUUUCAGCGUGAAGGGGAAGUUCCGCUUCCUGCCGCCAGCCGCAGUGACAGUGGUGGGGAGCUACCUGCUGGGCACGUGCAUCAAGCCGGAGAUCAACGUGGACAUGGCAGUGACGAUGCCCCGGGCAAUCCUCCAGGACAAAGACAACCUGAACCAGAGAUACCACCGGAAGAGAGCUCUGUACCUGGCCCACAUUGCUCAGCACCUCUCCAAGGAAAAGCUCUUCGGCAGCGUGAGAUUCACGUACAUGAACAGCAACCAUCUCAAGCCCAUCCUGCUCCUUCAGCCUCAAGGUAAAGACGAGAAGCUGGUGACGGUCCGGCUCUACGCCUGUCCUCCUGCCGGCUUCUUUAAGCCCAGCCGCUUGCACCCCAGCAAGAACAACGUCCGGACGGCCUGGUUCCUGGAGCAGGGCUCCCCCGGAGAAGGAGCCGCCGAGCCCCCCACUCCUCACUACAACAACUCCAUCCUCUGUGACACGGGGUUGGAGUCCAGCCUGCACUUCCUCGCCGGUGCCGCUGCCGACUUCCCCGGCAUGAGGGAUGGAGUCGCCCUCCUCAAAGUUUGGCUGCAUCAGCGGGAGCUUGACAAGGGCUUUGGGUGUCUCAACGGCUUCAUGGCCUCCAUGCUUGUUGCCUACCUGCUGGCCAAGCACAAGAUCAGCCAGGGGAUGAGCGGCUACCAGGUGCUGAGGAGCGUUCUGCAGCUCCUAGCUACCACAGACCUGAGUGCAGCUGGGAUCAGCCUGUUGAAGGACACAGAUAGCUCGCUGCCCACCCUGGCCGACUUCCACCAGGCGUUCGACGUGGUCUUUGUGGACCCCUCCGGAUUGGUGAAUCUCUGCGCCGACAUGACUGCUAGCAAGUACAAGCAGGUCCAGUUUGAAGCCAAGCGCUCAAUGGAAGUUCUGGACGACAGAACAGUGGAUGGAUUCCAGCUGCUGCUCAUGACCCCCAAGCCCCUGAUCAGAACCUUUGACCAUGUCUUCCACCUGAAGCAUGUCUCCAAGCUGCAGGGAACCUGCAAGAAGAUGCAGCUGCUGAAUGAGCUGAUGGAUCGAGGCGGGAACUACGUAGCUGCGGCCCUGCCCUUCGUUACCUCCCUGCUGGCGCGAGGGCUGUCUGAGAGGGUGCUCCUGCUGACACACUCCCUGCCCCAGGCACCGCAGUGGCCUAUCAGCGCAGAGCCCCCGAAGCACAAGGACGCCGGACACCUGUCGUUCGGGCUCUUACUCGCCUCUGAGUUUGCCACUAGUAUUUUGGAGAAGGGACCAGAGGCAGAUCGACCAGAGGCUGCCGAGUUCCGGAAGUUCUGGGGGGAGAAGUCCGAGCUGAGGCGGUUCCAGGACGGCUCGAUCUGCGAGGCCGUGGUGUGGGGCGCAGAAACCAUGUCCCAGAAGCGCCUCAUCCCUGAGCAGAUUGUCAAGCACCUGCUGUGGCUACAUGCAGAUAUUCCUGAAUCCUCCAUCUGCUACUCAGGAGCCAUGCUGGAGUCUUUGAUCAGAGCUGGGCAAGAGCCUGCAGGGACUGGGGAGGAGGCCAUGGUCAGCAUCAUCCGCUCCUGUGACGACUUAAGCCGCAAGCUCUGGAAUCUGGAGGGGCUGCCGCUGACGGUGACGGCUGUGCAGGGGACCCACCCGGCCCUCAGAUACACGGACGUCUUCCCUCCAACCCCCAUGAAACCGGAUUAUUUGCACCAUAUAAGGAUCAAGGAUAAGGAGUUUCUGCUUCCAUUGGCUGAGAAGCCCUGCCCGGCAUAUAUAGCCCCAAUGAAAGUCGUGUGCCAUAUGGAAGGGAGCGGCCAGUGGCCACAGGACAAAGAAGCCAUCAAACGUGUCAAAGCCGCUUUCCACCUCUGCCUGGCCGAGCUCCUCAACCAGCAGCACCAGCUCCUCUGCCGGCCUGCGGCCACCUACACAGAUGUGUACAAGGAUGGCUAUGUUUUCCGUCUCCAAGUGGCCUACCACAGGGAGCCCCAGAUCUUGAAGGAGAUGGUCACUCCGGAGGGGAUGCUGAAGUACCGGGAUACAGAGGAGUCUGAGCAGCUGGAGCUGGAGACACUCCACCUGCCCUACCUGACCAGCUUUCUGCACGGGCUCCAGCAGCAACACCCCGCUUUCAGCGGCACCUCCCGGCUAGCCAAGCGUUGGGUCCGCGCCCAGCUGCUGAGUGACAGCCUCUCCGAUGAGUGCAUGGAUCUGCUGGUGGCGUCUCUGUUCCUGCACCCAGCACCUUUCACCCCGCCGAGCUCGCCUCAGGUGGGCUUCCUUCGCUUCCUUCACCUGCUCACGGCCUUCGACUGGAAGAACAGCCCCCUCAUCGUUAACCUGAACGCCAGCCUCAAAGAUGAAGAUUACACCGAGAUCAGGAACGAGUUUGUGGCUGCCCGGUCUCACCUCCCCGUCAUGUUCAUCGCCACCCCCAGAGACAAGCGGAGGUCAGUGUGGACCAAAGAACGGCCUUCUGCACAGAUCCUGCAGCGCCUUCUCGUGCUGGCGCUGGAAUCUCUCCGGGUGUUGGAGGAGCAGCUCACAGACCCACUUGGGAGCCAGGAUGUGAAGAUGAUCUUCCGCCCACCGCUGGAUUUCUAUGACAUCCUUAUCCACCUGAAUGCCAAGCAGAUCCCCAGGCACCUGGAGGGCGUGGACCCACCGGUGAAGUCGUUCAGCCGGGGAAUGCUGAGGAGUGAUGCUCUGGUCAGGACCCUCGCAUUCCCAGUGGUGGGUUAUGAUCCAGUACAGUACUACCUCCAGGAGCUGAGGCACUCAGCCCUCACUUCUGCAAGAAGAGUUUCAGAACUGGGAGUCUCAUCAGUAGAACCACAGUGCUGCAUCUUCCAUCAGGACAAAGUUUUAAGAAGCAAUGCAUCUUUCAUGUCCAAGGAGGCCUUUGGAGACUUGGCCUUGUUCUUCUAUGACUUGCACGGCGGGGAGGUGAUUGGAGUUUUGUGGAAACCCUCCAGUUUUGAGCCCCAGCCUUUCAAGGCAUCCAACAUGAAAGGAAGAAUGAUGGCAUCUCUAAGCAGUGAGGAGCUAGUCACCGUUCCCAAUGUGGAAGCCAUCCUAGAAGACUUUGAGAUCCUGGGCGAAGGUCUGGUCGGAUCAGUGGAGGCACGUACAGAGAAAUGGACUAUCUAAGACCAUCAAGAGCUCUUGUUAGGCCUCCUGUACCAUAUCUGUAACCCUUUCUGUUUAUAAAUUUGUUCAGGGGAAGAAAAUUCUUGAGCAAUAUCUCUAAUCCUGUUAAUGUGGUACACAUCUCAUUCUUAAAAGCAUUGCAGCCCUUGAAAAGGGAUAGUAUUUUCUAUAGACAUAAGACACCCCCUCUUUAUACCUUCUCCAAAAUCAUCUCAAGGUGAGAUGUAUUGUUCAUAAACGUUCCUAUUUGUUCAUCAUGGUGAAUGUUUAUAUACAUUUUCCAUGUCUUAAAUAUCUGCUGGGAUGUAAAACAAGAAGGGCAUUUCCUAGUAUAAUAAAGAGGUAUUUAUAAUAACUGCUUUUA